UGGGUACCAUGGCGUGUUUCUGACCCGCUCGGUCUGCAGGCGAUAGGGAUGGAAAGUACUAUUAAUAUAACUUGAGUAUUAGUGUUGGGAGAAGGCGAGAAAGCUGCUUCCGCAACUGAGGACUUGCUUCAUGGCGUGAUCUACAAAAUGAGACUUGUCACAGCUGUGGUGCGACUAGAAGGCAUCAAUCUCAGCUCGUUCAUUCCUUACACUGGCAAACAUAUAUAUUGAGCAUCUUUAAGCAGUUCCUCGGUGCUCCCACGACGCACAAGGACAACUUCUCCCGCAGCAGUGAACCUCACCGGCCUCCAGAGACACCAAAACCAAGAAUCAACAACAGAACUGACAGCACAAUGGCAAUCGAUCUUCAGCCAUGGCUGGAUGGCAUUGAUGCCAGCAUGGUAUUUCACCCAGCUAACGCCUUUGUGAUUUCCUGCGGCACCGUAACGCUUGACCUCGGCCGCGGAAAGGUGCUGUUGAUUUGGAACCGGAACCUCCAAAUCUUUCAGUUGCCCAAGGGUCGAAGAAACAUUGACGAGCCCAUGCUCAACGCGGCUCUACGCGAGACGUACGAAGAGACUGGAGUGCGGGCGACGCCGUUGAAGCUCAACAUUGCUACGAGAGCAACACCGCCUACCGUCGACGAAGGGGUGGAUGGGGCACCACAGAAGAGCCCUCAGAUCACCGAAGGACACAUGAGCACCGAGUUCGUCGGUGCCUGCCUCUAUCCAGACCCGCAGUCAGAUACCAAAGCGCUCAAGGCCGUCUUCUUCUUCGUGGCGACGGCUGACUCGACGGCCACGGGAGAGAGUGGGACGCAGGAGGCAUAUGAAAAGCUCGAGGCUUUCUGGGUGCCCAUCUCGGAGGUGGACCAGAAGCUUCGGUUUGCGAGCGAGGUUGCCGUUGUGAUGAAGGCGGUCGCCGAUAUUAGGAAAUCGGGAUACACCAUCAACAGCGCCUAGCUGAGGCCUAUCGCACGAAGUGGUGAACUUGAAGUGCCUGCCAGACUUUUAGGUCACGGGAUAUGGGCUGAACAAGACUGAACAGCUUUUCAGGAAGGUGCAUGGUGGUGGUGGCAGUGAUGUUGACGGCGAUGGCGAUGGUGCCGGUGAUGGUUUUAGGGUGUUGAGGCGAAAGAGACUGUAAAAGAAUGGGAAAAGGCCGGUGGGUUCGUGCUAUUUGUUUUUUAGAACGCGCUGUCUUUGGCGAUAAAGAGUGUAAUCUGACAUCCAAAUCGUCAUCGCAAAGUGACGGGACUUCCAGUUUCCACCUCCAGUCCAUCUUUAUCUGAUCAGAUCGAGACGCAGAUAAAGCCUGUCAUGUGUCACCGAUGUUCAUUCUCUCCUCGGGAAAACAGCUGAGUGUAGGUAAUCCGAAAUUCGAAAAAAAAAAA